UGAGGUGCGUAGCGUUAGGUUAACGCACUCAUUCAAAACACCGAACUUGAAACCCUUCCAAUAUAAACCCUCGUUUGGUUGUGUUCUCUCAAACUCAUUCUCUUAUAUUACUUUCUAUCCUCUUCAACCCAACGCAGCAUCGCUAAACUCACUAUUUCAUGGCUUUGCCCAAUCAGCAAACCGUGGAUUACCCCAGUUUCAAACUCGUAAUUGUCGGUGAUGGUGGCACAGGAAAGACGACUUUUGUGAAAAGGCAUCUCACUGGGGAAUUCGAGAAGAAAUAUGAGCCAACCAUCGGUGUGGAAGUUCACCCAUUGGAUUUUUUCACAAACUGUGGAAAGAUUCGAUUCUACUGCUGGGAUACUGCUGGACAGGAGAAGUUUGGUGGCCUCAGAGAUGGAUAUUAUAUCCAUGGGCAAUGUGCAAUUAUAAUGUUUGAUGUUACUGCUCGGCUAACAUACAAAAAUGUCCCUACGUGGCACCGUGAUCUUUGUCGGGUCUGUGAAAAUAUCCCAAUUGUUCUCUGCGGUAACAAGGUUGAUGUCAAGAACAGGCAAGUGAAGGCAAAGCAGGUUACUUUCCACAGGAAGAAGAAUUUGCAGUACUACGAAAUAUCUGCUAAGAGCAACUACAACUUUGAAAAGCCUUUCCUGUAUUUGGCCAGGAAACUUGCAGGCGAUCCUAACUUGCACUUUGUAGAAUCUCCUGCAUUGGCUCCACCUGAAGUUCAAAUUGAUUUAGCUGCACAACAACAGCAUGAAGCUGAGCUUGCUGCAGCUGCUAGUCAGCCACUUCCUGACGAUGAUGACGACACUUUUGAGUAGAGGAAUUGUGUUUUGUGGACUGUCUUCCUGUGUGCUGGUAUUUGAAUGCUAUUGUAUGUGCUUUUGGGGGUUGUAUUGGCAUUUUUGGAUGUGAACUCGAUGAUCUGAAUUCAAUUAUGAUAUUUGUUUACUUAAAUUGAAAAUCUCCCUUAACCAUAGAUAUCACCAUGGGCGUUAAAUUA